AGAAAGCUUGCGAAGCGCUUCGCUCUUCACCAAUCAGCAUCACUUCUCUCACCUCCCACCAACAACCGCAAGCGCUGUACCAUCAACAAGACGUUUCACAUUCUGCUUCCAACCACGCAAGAGAGCUAUUCCCAUCCUCGUCUCUGCACCUUUCAUUGGUCAUCGAGUACAGAGCGAGCUUUUCGAGGCCUCCCGCGACCGACUCUACUCAAGCGCCGCUACGCCCGAGGAUGAAGAAUGUUUGGUUCAGCGCGUAUGAGGUGUGUGAUUGAGUUCGCAUACACACUGCAUUGCUGCAGAAGAAUUACUUAGGCGCUGGACAGGAUAAGCGCAUACCAUGGGGAAGGCAGUACGGGACACCAUACAUACGGGAGCAAGCAGGAGAAAGAUAUUACCUUACUUCAGUCCAGUCUCAGCAAUCUGAAAAACCUUCUCUAUCGUUCAGCACUGCUGCUUCCUUUCCUCUCCAUUCUUUCCCUUCUCAUACAGUACAGACCUGUACAUCUCUGGCAAACACAGCGACAAAAUGGCCUCCCACCUCCGCCUCCCCACCCUCCUCCUCGUCACCUUAUCCAUAAUCCUCAACAUCGCCAUCAUCGCCACAGCAAGCCAUACUCUGUCUGUCUUCAACUCAAACCGAAGCGAAAGUGUCUAUUAUCUCCCAAUCUGGUCUUCGCAUUUCGAUAUGCGAGGUCUCGGCGCCCUCAUCGGAACCUCAGUCGUGAUUCUCCUGUUGAACGCAAUCCUAGCUGCGGCGUUGUUCAUUUCUGCGCUUCCGGCGAAUGCUCUCGUAUUGGGCUCAAGCACCCUCAGCACAAUCAUCUCUCUCAUCGGCCUCGCUUUCCCCGCAGCUCUGAACGCCUCUUCGCCAUCUCGCGCCACACUUCAAACGUGGACGUGUAAUUGGAGCCGGAUUCCGAAUCAAGGUGUUCCAGAAUCUUUCAAUACAUUGUGUCAUGAGACUCGCUUCGCCUUCUACACCACCAUCCCCACAUUCCUCCUCCAACUCUUGUUACUCGGAACUGCGAUUUUCGCUCUGAGCAAUAAGAAUGCGAAUUCUGCGCAGAAGAGGAGGAGUUUGAUGAGGUUGGAUGAGGAGAAGAAUGGCGAUUUUGAGAUGAGAUGUCAGUCGCAGAAGGGAAGUUUUGAUACGAAGAACAGUGAGAGUACGCCGAAGAAGGACAGAGUGAGGGUUGUGGAGGUUGGGAAGUAGGAAGUAGGAAGCGGGUGGGAGUGGUUGAUGGGGAAAUGGAGGGGAGGGAAACAGGACUCCGCGAUGGAGACGGCAUUGGGAGGC